UAGCCACUGCAGCACAUACAGAGAGAGAGAGCGAGAAAGAGAGAGAGAGCGAGAAAGAGAGAGAAAGAGAGAGAGAGAGCGAGAGAGAGAAAGAGAGCGAGAGAGAGAGAGACCCCUUACUUUCAACGCGAACAAUACUACUUGAAGCAGUCCUGCAGCGCCCUGUACUCAGCUAUUACCGCUCCACCGCAAUUGCGGGAAAAAAACGGAAGAAAAAAAACAAUUCCGGCAUAAAACUGUUGCUCUUCGUUUCUAAAGUGGACCUAACACCGCCUUACUUUCUUGACAUGGGAGAUAUGGGGGAUCCGCCGAAAAAAAAGCGCCUCAUUUCGUUGUGUGUUGGGUGUGGAAAUCAAAUACACGAUCAGUAUAUUCUGAGAGUUUCUCCAGAUCUGGAAUGGCAUGCGGCGUGCUUGAAAUGUGCAGAAUGCAAUCAGUAUUUGGACGAGUCAUGUACCUGCUUUGUUAGAGAUGGGAAGACGUACUGUAAAAGGGACUAUAUCAGGUUAUACGGGAUAAAGUGCGCCAAAUGCAACAUUGGUUUCAGCAAGAACGAUUUCGUCAUGAGAGCUCGCUCCAAGGUGUACCACAUCGAGUGUUUUCGGUGCGUGGCUUGCAGCCGACAGCUUAUCCCUGGGGACGAGUUCGCUUUGAGAGAGGACGGCCUGUUCUGCCGGGCCGAUCACGACGUCGUGGAACGUGCAACAAUGGGAGCCGGAGACCCUCUGAGCCCUUUACACCCAGCAAGACCUUUACAGAUGGCGGAACCCAUAUCUGCAAGACAGCCUGCGCUUCGGCCGCAUGUUCAUAAACAGCCGGAGAAAACUACCCGAGUCAGGACGGUACUUAACGAAAAACAGCUUCACACCUUGAGAACUUGCUACAACGCUAACCCCAGACCGGACGCUCUCAUGAAGGAGCAGCUGGUGGAGAUGACGGGCCUUAGUCCAAGAGUCAUCAGAGUUUGGUUUCAAAACAAGCGCUGCAAGGACAAGAAAAGGAGUAUAUUGAUGAAACAACUCCAGCAACAGCAACCCAACGACAAAACGUUUCUUUGGGGCUAUCUGCAGAAUAUCCAGGGGAUGACAGGGACUCCAAUGGUGGCAGCCAGUCCGGAGAGGCACGACGGCGGUUUGCAGGCAAACCCGGUGGAGGUGCAGAGUUACCAACCGCCUUGGAAAGUUCUGAGCGACUUCGCACUGCAGAGUGACAUAGACCAGCCAGCGUUUCAGCAACUGGUCAAUUUCUCGGAAGGAGGGCCAGGUUCAAAUUCCACUGGGAGUGAAGUCGCGUCAAUGUCCUCUCAACUACCAGAUACACCGAACAGCAUGGUAGCGAGCCCUAUAGAGGCAUGAGCGACGUGGACUAUUUCUGCUUUCAAUAUCCCUAAAAAACGAGGUGCUGGAGAGAGAAAAAAACGGACAUAUAUACUGGUUUGCGCCCCGGGUCAAUAUCUGAAAAGUACCACACAUUAAACUGCACGAAGCCUCUUUAUUUAAACAACCCCUGGUUGUAUUUUUACACUGUGAAGACAAUCAUGGGAUUUACACAAGCUGAACCGUACCUCUGCCUACAUCCAAGAAGUCUUGCUACAUAUGAGAAGAUGCCGUGGUGUAAAUUGUGUGAGUUGCUGGCAAAGUAAAAUUUUCUGCGUAUUUGACAUAACAUGGAUAGAUCUCGCGUCAUCAUGCUGGCGCUGCCUGAUGGAAUUGAAUCGGUGACCUUUUUGCCAAAAAAAUCAAAAGAAAAAGAAGAGUGUGAAGGAGUUCAAUGAUUCCCAUAUACUGAUGGACCUCGAGAAAGACCGACGCCUUCAAAACGUAGCCUAGAGGAAGUGGUUUCUUCUGAGAUUCAGAUGCCCGCAUUGCUGUGCGCAAAGUUUGACGUUAGGAACCAAUGACUUGUAACCCAGUUUCAAUAAAAUAGCUGGUUCCUGACUUUAUUAUCUCCGAAAAUGAACCCUGGAGGAUUGCAGAAACUUCUUUUUUUCCAUGUUUGUUUAAUUCUGUCCUUAAAAGCCCAAGUACUAAAACAUUGCAACAAGGUAUACCUCUAUUUUGCCACAAGCUUCGUGGGAACUUCGUGUGUGUGAGUUUGUGUCCGUCCAAGAACUAUUUUUUCCCAAAGAUGUGUAUACUUAUUGGUUUAAAAAAACUGUUGGUUAGCUCUGGAAUUUUUUGUUCCUGUACUACAAAAAUAUAUAUAAUUUAUUAUUUAUUGUCAAAAGACUUGCCACUUUUCAUGUACUUUUGUUUGCUGAAGUAAAAGAAGAAAGAUUGUA